UCGGUAACUACCCCAAAACCCUCGCAGGUUUCUGUCUCUCUUCGUCUCAGCUCAUCUCAGCUAAUCUCCUUCCUCGUCCGCAUUAGGGUUUCGCAGCAGAGAUGGAUCCCUCUCCGUCAUCGUCUUCGCAGUCGCCUUCUGCAGCAGCGGCGCCGGCCAAGAUUUUUGUAGGAGGAAUCACUAAAGAGUUGGAGGAGGGCGCGCUGAAAGAGUAUUUCGAGAAGUACGGUGAUGUUAAGGAGGUGAUGGUGGUGAAAGAUAGGGCGACGGGGAAUGCUAAGGGGUUCGGUUUUGUUGAAUUCGUUGACGCGGAAGCUGUGGAGAGGGCCGUCAAUGAAGAGGGGCAGCAUCUAAUUAGGGAUAUAUUGGUAGAAGUUAAGAGAGCUAGAUCAAGAUCAGAAGAACGGAGGCGUUAUCAAUCAGCUUAUCAUCAAAGUUCAGUGCAAAGUACUAACAACAUGAAUAACAACAACAGUAGCAUUACUUCCAGAAAGAUUUUUGUAGGUGGAUUGCCAUCUAAUAUUACUGAAGAUGAGUUUAGGAGUUACUUUGAGAAAUUUGGAUCCGUGAAUGAUGUUGUUAUCAUGAAUGACAGUGAAACACAGCGGCCAAGAGGCUUUGGCUUUAUAACCUUUGCUUCAGAAUCAGCAGCACAGAAUGCGACACAGAAGAGGUUCCAUGAGCUGAACAAAAAAACUGUAGAGGUUAAAAUAGCUGUUCCCAAGGAUAUUAACCACACUUGCAGCAGUAAUUAUAACAACACGAAUGAUAAUUCUUAUCAGAAUUAUCUUCCUUGGGGGUAUCCACCUUAUGGUCCGGAAUAUGGGUAUUAUCAUGGUUAUGAAUCACAAUUCCUUCCUGGUUUUGGAUUUGGUCCAGUUGGCUAUGAUGGAGGAUAUACAUAUGACGGCUAUAGUGCAAUUGGUUAUGGCGCUCUGUAUUCAUGUCCAAUGCUCGCAUGGAAUGGACCUGCCCUGAUGACUGUAAAACAGGUUUUGGUUCCUUAUGGUGAUGCUUCUUUCUACCCUGGAUAUGUAAAUGCAUGGUCUGAUGGUUAUAUGAGGAUGGCUGAUGGAGGACAUAAUGGCGCUCAGUGGCUUGGAAAGUUGAAUCAUACUGGCACCCUUCUGCAUACGAUAGACCUUGCAGAUACAAUAUCUUUGGGGCUUCAGAAUGUCAGGAUUAAUGGUGCUGAAUAAUCUUUUAGAUGUUCAGCUCUACGCCAUUUCGAUUCGCUUUGUAGUUAAUGCUAUACUUCUCUUAAUGAUUUUAUGACUCAUUGUAUAUAUUGACUCUUUUUUUUUUUUUUUUUUGUUUACUAUUGAUCACGACUAACUUUAUUAGCAUUUUC